GCGAAAAGACGCACCAGAGUCAAAAAAGGUCAUUUCUCGUAAAGCCUUCCAAGUUAACAGAUAAUUUUCGUUGGAAAAAGUGGAAAAAGUCAAAAGCCGUCGGAAAAUGACUGAAUACUAGUGAUAAUUUUCGAAACUCUUGGAGAAAUUAAGAUAAAUUAGGAGCUGUGUGUGUGUGCUGUACAUAGAAAGAUCACUCGUAGCAGUGUAGUGUGUCUCUGUAUUUGGUCAAAAAGUGUAUUUUUUUUACGGAACAGUAACCAUUCAACUAUUUCUUUUUAAGUAUGACGAACGUAGAGUCGAAUAGCGAUAACGCAGGUGCAAGUUCGCGAGAUUCGGGUCGUUUCAACUACUUGAAAAACCUCAAAGCGUACCGUGAUCACGGCGAAUCCUUCGAGGAUCCGUCAUUCGGCGACAGUGGGUACGGGCAUUCGCGUCACCUAACCUUCAAUAGUACCGAAGCGGGCGCCAGUAUCCUCCGACACUCACAUUCCGUGCUAAAAACCAUCGAUGAGGAGCCCCGAAAUGCCGUAACGGCAACGCCUGCAAGCACUUCGCGUGCCAAUCCCGCAAAACACGUCACAAUUCUCACGCCAACCACACAAAGUAUCCAGCGCAUGUCGAGUUUGCAUCUUACGACGCCCGAAGGCGGUGGCAUGGCAUCUGCCGCUAUGGAUAUGUCACCGUUCCCGACGUCAAACGACGAUUUUACCGAACCAAAGACACCGCCCGAGCUGCUGUUGAGCUUCCAGGAGCCACGUACUGUCAAUUCGACGCCGCGCAAAUCCAAAAUGUACGGACGCAAACGCUCAUUUCGUGAUCAAAUUGAGACCACAGACACGGAAAAUGAGAAUUACGGACAGAAAAAGUUCCGUCCCGCGUAUGCCAAAGAUGAUAAUGACGAGAAAUUGGCACGUCGCAUGCCCUUUUCUCCGGUUGCCGUGAAAAGUAAUCGUCGAACACUGAGACAAAGGAGCGUGAGUGACAACAAUUUGGGACUUGUGUUGCGUUCGAGUACGCCAAAGACGUUUUUGAUGCGACCACCCAUCGCGGAGGAAAAUACUCUUGGGGCGAUUCCGAAAAAAGCGCUUGAAAUUUUGGAAGAUGAUGCUUCGAAGAUGGAAGCUCCUAAGAGAACGCCCAAAAAGACGCCGAAAAAGACUUUGCGGCGGUAUCAGAGCUUUAGUCCGUCGAAAUUGGCGAAAAAAGACUCGGAUAGAUUUAAAAAGUUCUUCAAUGACUUGAAUCAACCCGCAGUUACGGAGGAGAAAAAUCUUAAAAACAUUCCAGAAGAAGAGCCACGCUUUACGCGUCAAGAUGCUCUUGAUAUUUCGGAAACGCGCGACAUGCCAGAAAGCGUUCAUUGCUCCCUGAACAUCCCCGAAGUGGAUUUGUCCUUUUUAAACGGUGUCGCGAAAAGUAUUUCGCCUAUUAAACGUCCCGCGCAUCUCGAUACGUUAUUCGAAGCGCCUAUCCUGCAGUCAGAUGACAUCACAUCAAUUACUUGUCCAUCACUGAAUGCCAGUCAAACGUUGCCGAGCAUGAGUUUUCUCUCUUUUGAGAAACCUUCAUCGAGUAAUGGAAGUUCUUUGGUACCUCCAUCGCCGUCGCCAUCGAAAAAGGGACUCGUUUACCGCGAUUUGCCACGAACGCCGAGCAAGGGCACGUCUCUCGUGCGUACUAAAAGUCAAACGCCAUCCAAGAAACAUUUGCUGGAGCGACGCACGCAUUAUUACGACGGCAUGGAGUUACUCGAUAUCAUUCAUCGGCUGCAAAGUCAGGGCGUUUGUCACAUCAUCGAAGAUAUUUUCCAGUAUUUGUCUGGCGAAGAUCUCAUCAACUCAAGCAAGGUCUCAAAAAAAUGGAGAUCCGCCAUUCUUAACAAUAAAUUCUUGAAUAAUCGUCGCUUGGAGUACAUCACACAAAUAAAAAUUCGAAAUGCCGAAAAUUUGUCAAUAAAGGAACACGUAAACAAGGACUUUUUGGAUAUUCCCAACCGGAGACCCUUCUCGUCGCACAACUACGAUACCCGAGGAAUGGAACGUAUACGUCGACAAAGUCAAUAUUCGCCGCCAGCCAGUCCUGGCAAAAUUAAAUUCAGGGAGAACCAGAAGGUGGUUCGUCGUUUAAGUCCUCGUGCGAUGACAACAUGUCCUCGCUGUGCGAAACCAUCGCCAAUUAUAACACAAAAGAAGCGCGAUUGCAUCAUCAAGAUUGGUCGUUCGACACGUAGCAGUGCGAAAAAAGCCGCAGAUUUAACCCGAACAUCGAGUGACCCAUCCCCGAUCCUCUCGAGAUACCGUCAUUCCGUCGAUAGAUCACCAAUUUUCGACUUGGAUGACAGCGGAAGCAGUAGCAGCAGCAACGGAAGCAGUUGCGAACGUAAAAUCCGUCGUACAUUGUUCCCUGCGGCACGUUCGAAUACUCUACCUUAUGAUAUUUCGAAGCGAAGCAGCAUCAAUUCGUCCAUGAAUUCGACAAAUAGCUCGAUGGCACGUCGCAGUCGAUCAUUCCAAACGCCAGACGCGAAUAACGAUGACUCCUUGGAGGAAUACGCGAUGUGCACCGGAAAAUUAUGCGGCUUCCGAUUUUGCGUGCGCUGCAAUUGCGAAUAUCACUCGAAUCACAUUUGUCACGCGUCGAUCGUGCUUAAUUCACCAAAUCGCGAUGACGAUUCCGUCGUCGGUGUCAACAAAAGCAACCGCUGUGGAUCACGUCAGAGCAAACGGAACCUCAAAAGACUCUAAUUUUCAUCAUCAUAUGAUAUUUUCAUCAUUUCUCACUAGUUUGAGGACAACUAAUUAAUUUUUAUCUUAUAUUUUUUAACUCGUAUAUUUUGUACUAUUCUCUUUUUUCUCGAUUUUUUCCUGAAAACAUUUUCAAAAUUAUGCCAAAUCUUGCGCAAAACUAUUUUAUAUUUUAAAAAACAUAAAAUUUGAACAAAAAUUUGAUGAAAAAAAAUUUCUCAUCGACCGAUGGCGGAAAUGGUUACAGUAUUUGUUGUUAUAGAAUUUAACUUUCUCGUUGAUCAUCAAAACAAAAUAAUAAAUAAAUAAUAAAAAAAAAUACAAACGAAUGCCUGGGAUUGACUUUGCUCAAGCAUUUCCCCUAAAACUUAAUAUUUAAUUUAUAGAAAUUUAAUCGCUUAAUUUAUGAUAUGAACUUUUAGUAAUCAUUACAUUUUAUAGUCAUAAGAUCAAUGUGUGACUGAUAAACUCGUAGAAAAAUGUUAAAUAAAAUUUGUGUGCAGAAAAUAA